GAAACAGGAAGUGAAGCAGGGGUAAACUCCAGUCCGAGCUCGGAACCUUCGGUUGUUCUUAAUGAAUCCGUAACGUCUGUUUCUGGUUCUGUGUUUGUUUUGGUUUGAAGAAUCUGUGAAAAGACAAGAUGGCGACCACCGUCAGCACCCAGAGAGGACAGGUGUAUGUUGGAGAACUCCCUCAGGACUUCCUGAGGAUCACUCCCACCCAGCAGCAGCAGCAGGUCCAGUUGGACGCCCAGGCGGCCCGGCAGCUGCAAUACGGAGGCUCCAUCGCCACAAUGGGUCGGCUCAGCAUCACUGUGGUCCAGGCCAAACUGGCUAAAAACUACGGGAUGACCAGGAUGGAUCCAUAUUGUCGGAUCAGAUUGGGCUAUGCGGUCUAUGAGACCCCGACAGCUCAUAAUGGAGCCAAGAACCCGCGGUGGAACAAAGUGAUCCAGUGUACGGUUCCCCCGGGGGUGGACUCCUUCUACCUGGAGAUCUUUGAUGAGAGGGCGUUCUCAAUGGAUGACAGGAUCGCAUGGACCCAUGUGACCGUCCCUGAGGGUCUGAGGGAGGGCAGCGUGGUGGACGAGUGGUACAGCCUGAGCGGUCGUCAAGGCGACGAUAAGGAGGGCAUGAUCAACCUGGUGAUGUCGUUCGCUUCAUUACCUGCUGCUGUGAUGAGUCAGCCUGUGGUUCUGAUGCCAUCCGUCUAUCAGGAGGGGGUCGGAUACGUUCCCAUCACAGGCGUUCCUGGAGUCUAUAGCCAGGGUGUGGUACCGAUGGCGGUACCAACCAACAUGCCAGCAAUGGGGGGUCCAGGGCCUGCCUGCAGUGAGGAGGACCUGAAGGCUCUACAGGACAUGUUUCCAAACCUGGACCCAGAGGUGGUCCGUACAGUUCUGGAGGCCCAACAGGGCAACAAGGACGCUGCCAUUAAUUCUCUGCUGCAGAUGGCUGAGGAGGUCUGAUAGCUGAACACACCAAAAACAUGCCAACAACACAUCAACAAAAACAUGUCAACAACACAUCAACUGAACAAUAUCACACCAACAACAUGCCAACAAUUUGCCAACUACACGUCAACAACAAUCACCUGAACAACAAACCUCCAAAAACAUGUCAACAACACGUCAACAACACAUCAACUGAAAAGCACGUCAACAGCAUAUUAAUACACCAACAUGUUAACACCAUGUCAUUAUGUCAACAGCAUGCUAACAACACACCAACAAUGUCUCAGCAACAUGUUAACAACACAUGAACUAAA